UGAUUUUUGUUUGAUCGCGUUUCUUUAAAGGGAGUCUGAGGUCCAGGAAUAACAAUGUACCGGACCCCACAGAGCAGAUCCUCAGAGGUGGUGAGGGUGGUGUAGGGGCCAGCAGCUCGCAGGGGCGGCCACAGGCAGGACAGGAGUGGUGCCGCCGCCCUCCGGAUCAGGUCAGACGUGUUCUGGGCGGUUCGAGUGAGACCGGCUUCAACAGUUGGCUCAUUCAGCCUCCGCAGCUCUCGUUGUCCGGAUGGUGCUGCAGUCCGGAUGGUGCUGCAGCCGGACCCCAGACCGGUUCCCCGUCGGUGUCGGACAGCAGCAGCAGGAGCGCGGGUCUGGAUCGGAGCCUCGGGGCUGCAGGCGGCGGGUCUGACCGGAUGCUGCGGCUCGCCUCCCGCCGUGGAGCCGGUGGCAUCAGAAUGCUGCAGCCCGGCGCCUCGCCGCCUCCCGGCUGGCUCAGGAGCCACGGAACAGAACCGACGUCCCCUGAAUCCAGGCUUUUGCCAUGACUACACCAGCUCCACCAGAUCUUGAGUUGUUUGGGCCAUGAAGACAAAAAAGGACCAAAGAGGAGCCACGCCAACCACCCCGUCUCGCAGGGGGAGACCUCUCAAUCUUUUGCGGAGCAGAAGAAAGAAGGAUGGGGUGAUUAAAGGGAAGCUGCGUAUGCGUUCCUUGCCUGGAGCGUUCCUAGUGCUCGGGAUCAUGGUGGUGGCUGUUGGAACUGCCCUGGCUGUUGCCAGCUACUGGCCCUACGGCUUAUCUAAACCGUCAGUGAUGGGGCCCACGGAGGAGGACUGCCUGUCUGAGACACAGGAUUCUGGUUGGAGUCUGGGGGCCAAGGGGCUGUUGUCGCCAGGCAACUUCUUCUACACUGAGCGCAUGAAGAUGCUGGGGCCUAUCAUCAUCGGGGUGGGGCUUUUCAUCCUCAUCUGCGCCAACACCGUCCUGUAUGAGAACAGGGACAGGGAGACUCAGAUGCUCCUGGCUCAGAUGCGCAACGUCAUCUGCUCCGUUUCUGCAGCCGUGCCUUCAGCUGGCCUCAGGGAUAUGGCGGCGGCCAACUCUAUGGCCAAACAUUAUCAGUGUGUGAGCAGUCUGCCGGCCGCUCACCUCAGCCUCUGUGUGCAGCAUCUGGCCAGCUCUGAGCCGCUGCUGCAAACCAGAGGCUCCACAGUUGGAGCUGUUUUGCAGGCCGAAGCUUUUCAUCACCGUGAGACGGAAUCUCCUCCAUCCCUCCACUCCUCCAGUUCAGACUCGUGGAAUACCAGUCAGACCAAAUGUAACCCCAAGGCGCUUCCUGGACGGAGCGUCAACCUGCAAGCUGCCCCGCUCCCCAACUGCGACGUUUGCCUCGUCUCCACCACCUCCAUGUCUACGUUGGAGUGUGACGGGGUGGAUAUCUCAGCCGUCCAGCCCAGGCGCUGCCACAGCAUGAGCUGCAGGACUAACCCUUACAGAGCCCUCGCCAGACUGCCCCCACUGCCGGUUCCACUGCAACAGCUGGAGAUGAGCAAAGCAGAAAGCGGUUCUCUGGUUUGUGUGACCAUCCCGGAGGAGGCUCAAACCCACAGCAGCUGGCCUCGUCUGAACCUUGGAAGUGGGAGACGAUACUUGAAACUGGAGAACAAGGAGGACUCCGUGGAAAGGCUGCUAGAUCAACAGUGUUCUUCCUGGGAUAAGAGCUUCGGCUCUGGACCCUUCCAGUAAAGUCUUCACUGAUGACCUCCUGGACUUAGUUGUUCGGUUUUGACUAUGGUUUACAAUUAGAAAGCAAUACUUCACAGUGAAUCUGUCACUAUGACAUUCAGGGGAACGAGCUGCAUCUAUUGAAAGAAGCUGGCACCAAUUCUGCAGCAGCGCAUGAUGUAGACCUCUGUGGAGGGAUCAGCUGCAGGUGCAGUUUUUUUCUGAGUAAUCACUUGUAAAGCAAAACAUCCAAACCUAGAGUGUGCUGACAGCUAACGGCUGGUUCACACUCAGUAAGACAUCUCUCAUUUAUGCAUGGCUUAGGUAGCAUGACAAGCCAUCUUUUUUCCUGAUGCUCAUCAAAAACCUUAUGGUUGGAUCUUCCCACUGCUGCACAUUCUAUGAGUAUUAUGUUGCAUUUUCAGUGACAAUAGUGGCGCCAAAUCAUAAGCAAUGUACACCUCAACUGAGAAGGUUAGAGGGAUUGCUCUUAAAAAUUUGCUGGACAUUUGAAUUUCCUUUUUAUCAAACUUCUCAAUGGCAAUAGAUUGUCUCUUUCCCUUCCAUGGAGAUUUUGACCAAUAAUUGUCUAAUACUACGGUCACACACAACAGGGGAGUCAAACAUACGGCCUGCGGGCCGGAUCUGGCCCGCCAGAUGGUUCAAUUCAGCCCAGUCAUGAAGAUACAAAAAAUAUAAGGAUUAUGAACGGAAAAAAAGCAAGUUUCUAGCCCAUUAGCGUGGUGAGUUAUGGUUUUUUAAAGAAAUGGUCGUAAUGUCCAGUUCUGCCACUAGGGGAAGCAAAGGAAAACAAAUAGAGGCAAAACAAGAGAUCAAGAAAUAAACAGCAUUCCUUUGCAAGCACAUGCUAUGUCUGGGUAAGAAAAUUAUCAGGUGUGACACCCCAAUUACCAAAAUGUAGAGCCCAAAAAUGUGCGUAGCAACAAGUGAAUGCAAGAGUUUUGAACGUGGAAGGUCAAAACAUGCAUUUAUAUGCGUUUACAUAGACUUUUCAUUGAAACUGAUGCUUAAACGUGUGUCGCAGAGGGUGAACAUAGAGGGCAAAAUUUGGAGAAUGUAUUGGAAACGAGUUGUUAGACUUCCAUAUAUUUAGGCAACAAAACAACAAAAAGGAUGUCAGCUGUGCAUGUAAAAUGACAUCUAUUUCUUACAGAGGAUGAGUCAACUUCAAUACAGACGACUAUAUAAUUCUUACUCCAAAUGCAAUACAUUUUAAUGCAGCUUUAGACUUAUGCAAACUAUGUCGUUGUUGUUUGUGGUGACUCUCCACUAAAUGAAUGCAUCACAAGUCUGUUUUUCUUUAGUUCAUGUGUUCAAUCGUAGAAACACUGUGCUUUCCUGUCUGCCUGCCUGCUUGUAUUGCACAGUAAAUAUGUUUGAACUUGGUCUCCUCUGCAUCAUGUUUGUCUGUUAUACGGAAGUCUUUUUGGGUCUAAAAAUCUGAAGUAUUUGCUCCAAAGUAGAGUUCAUCUGGCUGGCCCGUUUUGUAUUUAGGUUUGUUCUGUGGGCUCUGGAACAGGACAGGUCUGCUGUGAUGCUUAAUGGGCAUUAUUCAGCAAUGCUGCAGUAGCAUUUACGUUACAGUGGCCCCUCACUCUAUUGCGGUUCACCUUUCUCAGUCUCAAUGUUUUGUAGAUGUUUUUUUGUUUUUUGACUGUACAUCAUUGUCAAUCAAACUCCUCAAUGCUGAGUCUCCUGUACAAGAUGCAUUCAAUUUGCCAAAUCUACAUAAAUCUUUGAUCGCGAGCA